ACACUCACUACCUGGCAUCAAUCUACGAAGUUGCGUCGAAGAUGAAGAUUCCAGCGAUUCUUGUGACGUCUCUCCUCGUUUGGGGAUUCGCUAGUGGUCGAGUUAUUGAGUCUAAUUCAGCAGCGUCUGCGGAAGCAUCAGCUUCGGCAUCAGCUGGCAAUAUCGUUUGGCUGCAUGAUAAACAUUACCCGUUGAAAGAGAGGAAGGAAAAGAACUUGUGGAAGGAGGGGAAGGAUGGACUUGUGGAAACAUCGCUCAACGUACCUGCACUGAAGGUUGGCAUAAAAAAUGGUGGAUUGGACGUUGCAAAAGGUGCAGCAGUCAUCCAAUCGGCGAUGUCUGACGAAUCAACUCUCACAGAACAGCGGUCGCUCCUUGAUCUCGGUUUAGGCGUAAUUGCGAAUAGUGCUGAGGUAUGGUCUGAGACGCAGGCCGCUACAAGUGCUAAUGCUAAUGCUAACGCUGAUGCUACUGCCACACAAGCAAUAGCGGCAAUGGAGAUCGCUGAUAAAACCGGAUACAUAGCUGCGAUUCAUCUUACGCAGGCUGCUAAGGCAGUCGAGGCCGCAAUGGCUUCCGCCGCCCGCGCUGCUGCGGCUGCUGAUGCCGCUAAAAUAUCUUCUCAGGAAGCACUUUUAGCUACCAGUAAUGCCGCCACCACUGAGGCUAAAGCUAAUGCCGCGUCCAUAAUCGCUAACAAGGCAAAUGCCGAGAUGGCAGAAGCCGCUGCCAUGCUUGAGGCUGCAACCACUCAAGCUAAAGAAUCUGCAAUAAAAGCACAAAAAGCCGCACAAGAAGCUGCGAAAGCACAAGCCGAGGUCACCCAGGCUAGCGCUAAAUCCUUAGUUAUUCUAUCUGAAGCUAAAGCCGCGGUAGCUCGUGCGACCGCUGACCAGGUCGUAUGUACAUCUCAAGCUCAGGCUGCCAGUCAAAUUCAAUCAAGGGCGUCCGCAUCUGAGUCUGCAGCAUCGGCACAAGCAGAAACCAAUACCGUCGCAGCUGAAGCUGUUGCUAUUGCAGAUGCUCAGACCGCUGCUCAAGCAAAAGAUUGGGAACAGAAAUUGAGACAUGAUAUGUGGAUGCAUUUCAAUAUGAAGGGAGAAGCCAAGGCUGAAGCUAAAGCUGUCACAAUUAAUAAAGGAUAUCACGGUAUCAAGAGGGCAGGCGCUAUUUCAGAAGCCAGUGCUGAGGCAAGCAGCAAUGUAUCGAUGGGACGUCAUGGACGAAAAGACAGCGUUUCUGCUGCGUCAGCGGUCGCUUCUGCCGGCGGUAGCGUUGAUCUGUGAAAAUGCUACAGGUUCCAUUUAAAAAAUAUGUCGCAACAGCGGACGUAGAAACAUUGAUUACAGUAAUACUGUAGGUUAGUACACGACUACACUAGCAGGAAUUAAAAAAAAAUAUAACAAAAAAUGCGAUUUGGUCCAAGAAUUGUAAGAAUAAAAAUAAAUUGUUAUAUAGCAACCUAAAUACUUUUCCUAUAUACUUAUAUAUUUGCCCUCUUUCCUUUGCUUAUUAAUAUUUGUACACAAAAACACAUACAUACAGGUGUCCCAUUGUAAAUAGUCGGUCCAAAUAUCUCGAAAACUGAGCACAGUAGACGAAAAUGUUUCAGACAAACGUUGUAUGGUUUUAAGAGGGAAAUAAAACUAUAUGGGUUUAUU